AAUUAUAAUACUAGAUCAGAAUAUUCAAUACACACAUGUCUGUAGCUUUAAAUCAUCCCAUACGUUUUUAAUUACAAAGCAGAUGUGAUUGCAAUAUCCUGGCAAUUGUAUUGUAUUAUUUUACUAUGCACCAAAGAAUAAAUGUGCACUAAUUGAGUUAUUGUUGUUAUUAACUAAUUUAUAGCAUUCCGUAUUGUACAUUUUAUAUGUUUAUGGCUUAUGUUAUGGAUACAAUAUGAAGAGCCACACACCAGCUGCUAUUCAUUUCAAUGUGUGUGAUGUAUUACCUUGGAAUUAAAUACCCGGUUUGUUUUUAAUCCAAGGCAUACACAAUUAUUUCUUUUUCGUUUGAACAAACAAUAUAUGUGUAUUAAUUUCAGAAACGUAUUACACUGCUAAGAUAGAACCUUAUCGGUUCGUCGGUUUGAACACAGUCUUCUAUUACACCAAUAAUAAACUGACCAUGGACAUUUCGGACCCGGCUGGACAAUUCAGCUGGUUAGAACAAGUGCUAACAGACGCUCGACGUGAUAAUGAAACGGUCGUUAUUGUUGGACAUGUGCCACCGGGAUGUUUUGAACGAUCGCGGGGAAAGUGUUGGUUUUACCCAGAGUUCAACACGCAAUAUAUUGAAGUAAUUCAACAAUUUCACGACGUCAUUGCAUUCCAGUUGUUUGCUCAUCAACAUGAUGACAGCUUCAGGUUAUUCUAUGAUGAUGAAGGAAAAGCAAUUAGUUCGUUAUUUCUUGCCCCGGCAGUGACGCCAUGGAAUACCUCUUUAGCCGGUGUCGGCCCUAACAAUCCUAGCGUUCGUCUAUUCACAUUCAAUAGAGAAGACGGAUUACUUAUGAACUGGGAACAAUACUAUCUUGACCUAAGCGAGGUUGAUUCAGCAGACAGUUCAAUGUGGAAACGAGAGUAUAGCGCCAUCAAAGAUUACGAUAUUCCUGAUGUCACAACCGCAUCAUUGCAGUCAUUGGUUCAUAGUUUUGAAACUAGUGACGUUUUGUUCAAUCGAUAUUACUUAUUCAACAGUGUAAGUUAUAAUACACAGCCAUGUACGGAUGAAUGCAAGAUCACGCAGCUGUGUUCUAUAAACCAGGUAGAUUUUACGAAAUUUGAUAAAUGUGUCGAGAAUUCAGAUGAUCCAAAUGGUACCAUUAGACUCCAUAUAAGCUGGGACGUCUGUCUUGUUGGUUUGAUAAUCGCAGUCUGGUCCACGUAUUGUAUAGGCUAUCUGUUUAAUUAAGUAAGCUAUAGUAAAUACAGAAUAAACAUUUGCAGCUAGAAGAAUUGGUGUAAUCUUAAUGAAAACCAUCUAGAUCAUUUUCUAACAUGAGUAUUGAAAAUUUAAAGAAAAAAUGUAAAUUAUAAAAAAGAAAAAUAAUAGGCCCGAUAAUAUAUACGGUUAAAAACUUGUGUGAUAGUCUUGAACUAGAGGGCACUUGGAGAGUGCAUACCUCCACCCACAUCAUAAUUCUCCUCAGUAUAAAUCUCCCACGCAUAUUGUCCUUAAAUAAAUAAAAAAACACAAGUAGACUCCAUGGGAUGGGCC